AUGAAAAUUAUGGCGAUGGGAAAUGCGAAACGUCGUAAGAUGAUAUCAUACGUCACGUAAAUUUAACGUAAAGUUGAACCAGAAUUAAUCAGAUUCUUUGAUAACGCACUAGCGGGACAUGCUUAUGUUAUAUGCAGCGGCAAUAAUGGCUUUCGACCACUGGUCGUUCAAAAAACCGGUGUGUUUGUAAGUAUCUUUUUGUUAAGCAUAGAAAAUAUAUAAAAUUUAAUAACAUACAUACACACACACACACACACAUAAUGAAACAAGUAUGUCUGGCCGUUAAGUAAUUGAAUUUUGUUAACAUUUAUAUAUUAUUUUAGAGGACAUGCGAGUGUUUUGAUUCCUUAGAUCGUAAAAAAUGUCAAGAUCAUCGGGAUUAUUCUUCAAAGGAGUACAAGUUAUAUAAUUGUUGCUUGAAUCUUGGAAAGAUGGCUGUGCGGAGUAAAACGGCUGAUAAUGCGUAUGACGGUAGAUACAAGCAUUUUCGGAGACCGGUGCUACCAUUUAUUGUGCCGAAAAUAGAGACUACGGAUAUACCAUACUAUUUAGACCGCAAAGUUCUGAGCGGAAUCUUACAGAGACAAUGUUACGCCAUAUCUCCGAAAUCGGAACCAUAUAAGAAUGCAGGGACACAGACGGAUUACAGAGAGAGCGAAGCGCAAACCGAGCCCUGGGAACCACCAUAUAAGAUUGUUCCUGGUCACAACCCCGAGGUAUUGACGUUGGCUCAUUUGACUUGGGAGCAUGGAUUACCAGCGGGUAUUCACGAGGUACAUGUCAUUAACAGGUUGCGAAUGAAAAGAGCCUGGGAGGCUAUCCUGCCUCCGAUGGAUACGCCAGCCAACAUAAGAAUGCGGAAUUCAAUAAUAACAGCUUUGGAAAUCGACAAAUGGGCCUUUCGGGAAUCGGAGAUUCAAUUCAUAAUGGAUUUGCGAUUAAGACUGAUGAAAGACUUCUCGCGAAAUCGUGACUCUGUGUAUAAGAAGAAACUGCAGGGUCGUUUCGGUAGGCUUCAGGACAAACUGAAGAAACGUCGAGACGACCGAGUCAACAGUAUCAGGCACGAUCUCGAACGAGACCUGCGAAAAUUGUACAGAAAACAAUGCGGCAGGCGACCGCGCAAACUCGACGUAAUCGAGCGACAUUCCGAUCCCAAAUCUUCGCCGCAAAUAUGUUUCCGGGAGCAUCCUCAGAGACGGCACGAAGCAUUGCGGAAGCAAUUUUCGGGCGAAGAUUACGUCGAACAAGAAGAAGUGGAUACAACGCUCAGCUGGUUGCCGACUGUCGAAGAACCGAAGGUGAUUAGACACAAAUCGUGCAAACCGGUGGACAUCUGUAUCAGAGAGACCAGGUGGACGGAGGAGAAGCUGAAGCAACUUCAUUCCGACCUGAAAGCGAUCCGAUUAAAUGUCAAAUCUGUGAACUCGGUUUCGCGGCUGAUGAAGCGUAAAUACAAGCCGACGGCUCUGCCGGUUACACCUUGCCGAUCAGGCAUAUGGGACAGGAGGCAGAAACAACUAGAAGAAUCAGCUACGUUCAUUCAGAAGAUCGUUAGGGGUAGAGCGAUGCAAUGUCUGAUGUACGAAGGACGUGAUAGAUGUAAGGAGCUGAUCAAGGAAUUACGGUCGACCGAGGCACCUGAGCAAGAUGAUCGAGAAGAUCUUCUUCGUGACGAGGAAAUACGCGUCGUCGAAUCACAGCCACUGCAAGACGGCAGAUCUGUACAGGAGGAUCGUCUGUGCGAAAUUCUCAACUCUUUGGAGGGAAAGACAGUCUGCGGGACGUUGGAUCUCCUUAGCAAGGAAUUGGUGAGAUUAGAGGAUGAACGUAGAGCCCAUGCCUACGCUCUGCUCGCUGAGAGGGAGAGAUGUAUGAGGGAGGCCGCCGAAGCCGGUACACGGCAGAUGGAGCGUCAUCGACGACGAGAAUUCGAUGAAAUGUUCAGACAGAUCGUAAAAGUGAAUCAGGACUCGGUGGAGGCUUAUUUGGAAGAUAUCAUAAAGGAGGGCGUCGAUUGGGUAUCCGAGAACACAGCUAAAGAGCACAUCUUAGAGCUCUGCGAUAAGAUAGACGACGUAUCGAAAUAUGCUACGGAAAACGCGAACGACACGGCUGAAGAGGAAUUGGUGACGGAUAUGAUUUACAAUUUCGUCCUACCUGAAGUGGAGAAGCACGACAUGAGGAGAAAUAUUCGCGAUCGACAGGAAAGUUACAUGCGACAGGCGCACGAGUCAAUUUACGAGACAAUUUUAGAUUUACCUUCAAUCGAGUCAUCCCCAAUCACCGGUCGAGGGACUUUCAUUGAACACGAGGAUGUGCAAACGAUUUGCGUGGAUGAUACGGAACGAGUUAUCAGAGUGGAAGAACUAGCAACCGAUGAACAGCCGUCGAAGAUAGGAAGCGAACAAAAUUAGGCCGGAGGACUCACGCUUGAUACUCGAAAUAAAAUCUAUUUCAUCUUUCUCACGGUAAAAUUCACCGAUGUCUCUUCUUUCGUUAAAUCGACACUGGCGCAUUCAGUUCAAUGAAAUGUUUAUUAUGUGUAUUUCACCGCGACAUGUAGUUUAUUGUCUUUAAUCUCUCGCUUCGUCUCUUCAAUAAAUGCACGCAGAUAUAAACGUUUUUUAAUGGAUUUUAUGCAGCAUUUAUCUCACAUGUGCCUUAUAUCAGCAGAAUCGCGAGUAAUAAUCUUACAGUAAAACGCUAUAAAUUUGCACAAAAAUGUCUGUGCACCGGCCGAUCGAUAUUGCGUAACGGAACGCAAAUAAUUAAAUUAAUUAAAUAUAUUAUUUCUCGUAAGAUAUUGGCAUUGUUUUUCCUUCUCAGUGGUCCGAGGUGAAGUGACAAAAGAGGGCCACGUUUCGAAAUUUGCUAACACUGCAAACCUAUAGUUCACAUCGCGUAUACCAUAAAUUUUCUGUACUAUCAGCACAUUUGGAAGCACUCUAAAAUAGGUCUGUUCAUAACUGCAUAAGUUGUAUUGUAAGUUGUAUUGUGUGCACUUAAGAUGAAGUAGAUACGAGGGUGGAUCAAAUAUAAACGAGCCUUUUUAAAUUGCGCGCCUGUCGGCGGCGU